AUGGAGGCCAAUCUAUCGGGACCCAAGAGGGUCAAGCGACAACGGAUCGACUUCGGAUGCAAGAUCCCGUUCGAACGUGUUCUCGACCUAGUUCAGGCAGGAUUCAAUGAAGUUCGACGGUUUAACGAAGACCAAAAAGUGCUCGACCACUACGCCACAGCCUACUGCUGUCUCGAGAGCUGCCUCGGGGACCCGCUUUGCGAUGUAAUGCUGAUAUUGGUGCUGACAAUGGCAGCUUCAACAGAAACGCCGGAUGUGAAAGUCAACUCAAUCAUAUUCAGUGUGGGAUCGAGGAAAGAGCCGUCUUUGUUGUGGCGAACAUGGUCACAAAGAUGCUUUGGUUUCUGCGGCCUAGCGCAUUUCCGUAGGAGAACGCCAAUGAUAAGAGAGGCUAUCGGGUGGGAGAUAUGGCCAAGAAGAUAG